GAGACAGGUUGAGAGAGAGAGAGAGAGAGAGAGAGAGAGAGAGAGAGAGAGAGACGGAGGGGUUUCUAAGAGCAGCAACAUUGGUGCGAACAGGGAAGCAGGCGCGCGGCACGGGGACCCGCCGGAAGCAGCAGCAGCAGUGAAGCGCGAGCUGGGCACAGACAGACAACACCGGGAGCACGAGCGACACAGAGGCGGUCAGCGGGGCGGAGUGGAGGAGGCACCUGCACCGCGACUCAUUCUCCCUCGCUCUCCCCCGUCUUCCCCCUCUCUCCGUCUCUCUCGGCUCUCGCUCCUUCCCCGUCGGACAACCGCUUCCUCGUUAAGAUGGCUGACCCGAGCAGCGACGGAGAGGUACCGGAGAGCGCGCGCGGCUUCGCCCGCCAGGGAGCCCUCCGCCAGAAGAAUGUGCACGAGGUGAAGAACCACAAGUUCAUCGCGCGCUUCUUCAAGCAGCCCACCUUCUGCAGCCACUGCACAGACUUCAUCUGGGGCUUUGGGAAGCAGGGAUUCCAGUGCCAAGUGUGCUGUUUUGUGGUCCAUAAACGUUGUCAUGAAUUUGUCACCUUUUCCUGUCCGGGGGCCGACAAGGGACCUGCCUCUGAUGAUCCUCGUAGUAAACACCGGUUUAAGGUCCACACUUACUCAAGCCCCACCUUCUGUGACCACUGUGGCUCACUGCUCUACGGGCUGAUACACCAGGGCAUGAAAUGUGACCAUUGUAUGAUGAACAUCCAUAAGCGUUGUGUGGCCAACGUGCCCAGCCUGUGUGGGACAGAUCACACUGAGAGGAGAGGCCGCAUCCAAAUCUCCGCUCAAAUCACUGAGGACGUUCUCACCGUCACUAUCAAAGAGGCAAAGAACCUGGUGCCUAUGGACCCCAACGGCCUGUCAGACCCUUAUGUCAAGCUCAAGCUGAUCCCAGACCCCAAGAGUGAGAGCAAGCAGAAGACCAAGACUAUCAAAUGUUGCCUCAACCCCGUCUGGAAUGAGAACUUCACUUUCCACUUAAAAGAAACGGACAAAGACCGUCGUCUGUCCGUGGAGGUGUGGGACUGGGAUCUGACCAGCAGGAAUGACUUCAUGGGAUCCCUCUCUUUUGGCAUCUCAGAGCUACAGAAACAAGGGAUUGAUGGAUGGUUUAAGCUGCUGUCCCAGGAGGAAGGAGAAUACUUCAAUGUUCCCGUCCAGCCAGAAGGAGAGGAAGGCAACGAGGAACUACGACAGAAAUUUGAGAGGGCGAGGGUGGGUCCAGGGAAGCCCACAGACUCUUCCUCCUCUUCCUCGGUGUGUAAGUAUGACAGCAAUGGCAACCAGGACCGAGUCAAGCUCUCCGACUUCACUUUCAUCAUGGUGCUGGGCAAGGGCAGCUUCGGCAAGGUGAUGCUGGCUGAGCGGAAGGGUGCAGAGGAGCUGUACGCCAUAAAAAUCCUGAAGAAAGAUGUGGUGAUCCAGGAUGAUGAUGUAGAGUGCACCAUGGUGGAGAAGAGAGUCCUCGCUCUGUCUGGGAAACCGCCUUUCCUCACUCAGCUCCACUCCUGCUUCCAGACUAUGGACCGGUUGUAUUUUGUGAUGGAGUAUAUAAAUGGAGGAGACCUCAUGUACCAGAUUCAACAGGUCGGCAGGUUUAAGGAGCCUCAUGCUGUGUUCUAUGCUGCAGAGAUUGCCAUUGGACUCUUCUUUCUUCACUCCAAAGGCAUUGUGUAUCGAGAUCUGAAGCUGGACAACGUGAUGCUCGACUCUGAAGGCCAUAUAAAGAUAGCCGACUUCGGCAUGUGCAAAGAGAAUAUGUUUGAUGGAGUUACCACCAAGACGUUUUGUGGAACACCAGACUACAUUGCUCCAGAGAUCAUAGCCUAUCAACCUUAUGGGAAGUCUGUGGACUGGUGGGCCUUUGGAGUGCUGCUGUAUGAAAUGCUGGCUGGACAGCCACCAUUUGAUGGCGAGGAUGAAGAUGAGCUGUUCCAGUCUAUCAUGGAGCAUCAUGUCUCUUACCCCAAAGCCAUGUCCAAAGAGGCUGUCGCUAUCUGCAAGGGGCUGAUGACCAAGCACCCAGGUAAGCGUCUAGGCUGUGGUCCAGAGGGGGAGAGGGACAUCAAGGAGCACGCCUUCUUCCGCUAUAUUGACUGGGAAAAACUGGAGAACAAAGAGGUCCAGCCGCCUUUCAAGCCUAAAGCUUGUGGGCGUGAUGCGGAGAACUUUGACCGUUUUUUCACACGCCACCCCCCAGUGCUGACCCCCCCAGACCAGGAGCUUAUAGCCAACCUGGACCAGGAAGAAUUCCAAGGCUUCUCAUUUGUUAACCCUGAGUACCCCCACACAAGUCACUGACCGUGCCACAUAUCACUGGGCUGCUCUAGUAACCCCCACCUCCAACACAAAACAAAACAAAAACAAAAACCAACAAAAAAAAACAAACAAAAAAAAGAAAUCAUCAUGAUGUCAUAUCCAGGCUGCAUUCGGCAGGGUGAAACGUUGACCAGCGUUCAGAUGGAAAUGCAGACAGCCGGUGCUGAGUUCCUGUCUCUACAGCUGUGUGUGAAACUCCACUCAAAUGCUAGAAAUCAGGAGAUAUAAUUUACUCAUUUGUCAAUUUGCCAGCGGUAGACUGUUUCUGUUCCCAGCUGUGACGAGGUUUCCAGUUUUUUGUUUACUGUGCAUUAGCAUGUGACAGAAUACCUACUGACAUCAUAUCAGCUCUACUGGCUGUAUUUCUAUCUUCAGUGCCGAAAUGUUGCUCGCUCCUGAAUGCUGCCCAGCCGCUAGCGCACGCAGGGCCAGGUCGGCCCCUCGAGAGCUCAGCCAGACCGCGGGGCCAACCUGUUCCAGCUCCGUCUCUGUUUCACAGUCCAUGUGUUUGCAUAUUGAUUAUUAAGACCUAUCAUUAAUAUUAAUGAGUGUUCUAUGAUUACAUAUUGGUAACAUUCAUAGGGUGUAAAUGUAUGAUCAUACAAGUGAAAACUGACCAAUUGCAUUGCUAUGAUUGUAUGAGUACUAAUCAGUUUCCUCAUGUCGAUGACCUACUUUUGUCUAUAGGACCAAAUACUGCUACACUUUGAACCUUAUGUUGAAUCAGUGUUGUGGUGAAGUUGUCAGAAUUUAUUGCUGAUUUCAUUUUUUUUUUUUUUUAACCAGUCAGAAGAUAGAAGUCUUUACAUACAGUCAGGCAGAUUGUAAGGCCACAUCAGUCGGUGAUUUUUUUUUUUUUUUUGACUGAAAGGUCACACUAUCUCCUCAUUCAUAACUGAAAAGUAUUCACCAUAUUACACUGUGUUGUUUAAUGACAGUGGGUGGGCAAGCACUGUCAUGUCUCUAAGCUUUUAAACAACCACUUUUGAAUGAGUUCAUAUGUGACAAAACCUGAUGAGUCGUAUGAAGCCUCAGAAAAUUGCUGGUAGUUUGUAAGCUUACAGAAACAGCAUGUCCAAUGGUGCCAAAACAAGGUUCAGAGUCUAGAGGUGCAGAUAGAAAAAGAUUGUCCCCCUCUACAACUGUGAUGAAGGGCAACCAUCUUGUGCCAUUUUGCAGUACAUGUAUAAUUAUUAAAAUAUGCAUUAUAGCUUGUCUGUUCUCCAACAAUACAAUGUGGUACUUCACACGCACAUUCCCUUGGAAAUGCAUUUUCAAGAUACAGAAAAUGAAUAGUCUGACAGGAUGUGUAUUUCACCGUCAGGCACGUUCUUUUCUUUUUUUGUAACUGGAGCGAUGCAGGGUCGUAAUGUGUCAAAUCUUGUUCUCUGAGCUUGUAUCAAAAGGAGGUGGUACAGUCACAUCACAGGAAGUUAUUAUCACGACCAAACUUUUGUUACAUAACGAUGUCUGCGGAUAAAGAUGAUGCUUCUGCUUGGUAAAAGAUAAGAGAACGCUUAUAGUGAUGAUGAAGGUGGUCUCAAUAAUGGCAAUGGUGGUGACAAAAUAAUAAUGAGAUAGAUAUGAGAGAAACAAAAUAUAUCUAGUUCUAUAUCAGAAAGAUGUUUGGAUGAGAGAGAUGCCACUGUGGAUUGUGUAAUUGUCCUGUAUGACUGGAAACUGAUAAUAUACUCACUGGUGCCUACCAGAA